ACAUUCUUAAUUAAAACAAGGGCAUAAACGCGUUCUACUUGUGUUGCCAAAUUUAAAAAGUUUGACCGGAAGUCCAGUGUCGUAAACUCGAGGAGAAAAGCUAGUUGGGCUCGUAACGGUGCCUCCUUCUCUGCUGUAAAGAAGUUGGUCGUGAAUAUUUUUUUAGGCUCAAAAUUGACCAAAAACAGGAGAGACAUGGCGCUUACCGACGCCGACGUCCAGAAACAGAUCAAACACAUGGUGGCCUUCAUCGAGCAGGAGGCCAACGAGCGAGUCGAGGAGAUCUUAGCGAAGGGAGAAGAAGAGUUUAACAUCGAGAAAGGCCGCCUGGUGCAAACCCACCGGGUGAAAAUCAUGGAUUAUUACGAGAAGAAGGAGAAGCAGAUUGAACAACAUAAGAAAAUCCAGAUGUCCCAACUGAAGAACCAAGCCAGGCUGAAGGUGCUGAUGGCCCGAGACGACAUGGAUCUGCUGAAUGAGGCUCGAAAAAGAAUCGCCGACAUCGUCAAAGACCCGGACAGGUACGCCAAGCUGCUGGAGGGUCUGGUGCUUCAGGGGUUUUACCAGCUGCUGGAGCCUAAAGUCACCAUCCGCUGUCGGCAGCAGGAUGUAGACGUGGUUCAGGCUGCAGUUAACAAGAACAUCUCUAUCUACAAGGAGACGGUGAAGAGCAACAUAACUGUCCGGGUUGACCAGGACCACUUCCUUCCAUCAGACAUCUGCGGCGGCAUUGAAGUCUACAACAGUAAUGGAAAGAUUAAGGUUUCCAACACCCUGGAGAGCAGACUGGAUCUGGUAGCACAGCAGAUGAUGCCUGAAAUCAGAGAGAUCUUAUUCGGUUCCAACCCCAACCGCAAAUUCUUGGAUUAAUUUGAGGAGAACUUCGCUGGAAACGUCAAGGUGACCCCUGACCUUCCUCGCAGGAGAGCAAUUCAAGUUUUCAUAAACUCUGAUCAGUGUUUUCAGAAAACGUCUGGACUUAAACGCAGCCCAGCAGUAGCUCUUAUUUCCUCCUUACCUCACACAAAGAGAUCUGCACACAUGUGAUGCAUAAACCGUGAAAUCUGCUGCUGAUAUUGUUGGAAAAUAUUUUUAUCUUUAUUUGAUGUUUAACAGCCAAAAGAAAUAAAUUGGAGGCAGUUUAACAUGUUGGAUCUCUUUAUUUACAGUGUGUAAACCGUUUUCUUCAUCUAUUUUCUCUCUACAAAACAGGACAAAGGUAGUAUGCUAUGGAAACAUCUGUCUGGUUUUAAAAUGUAAAAACAAAACGACCUGUUGGCGCCACCUUGUGGCUUUAAGUAUUGGCGGUUGGUAAGACGAGGAGCCUUACUGCCAGGCUUCUGUCUAAUAUUUAAAACUGUCCUGUCUAAAUUUGAAUUCUAGCAAAAUAUUACCAUUUACAGCUAAUGGGGUAGUUUUAAAGUGGGGUUUUGUUGAGAUGUAACAAGCAGUCAGUAUCUUCACUUUGAUGGAAUGGAGUUAAUUCAGGUUAAGUCAUGUUUGCGUUACAGUAAAAACUAGGUAUUUAUGUAAAAAGACACUUAAUCUGUGUAAACUUUUCCUGUUUUCUGUCUGUUAGGAUUAACAAAAUGACAUUUUAUUUGCUAUCUGAUAGAAAAAUAAGGCAUAUUUUUAAUAUUUACCAUCCAAUUUCUUUGCUGAUUAUACUUGUUUGAACAGGAGAACCUUCAGACACCAGGAAGUUGGACCAACAAUGAACCAGAUAUGUGGAAACACAAUUUUUUUCCUGACAUUUUUCCUGAUUUCUUUUGAUGUCUAACAAGGAAGCAGAGCGUUUGAGGUGCUGCCUUAAAAUGCGUCCUCUGGUUUUCCUUCAUUUAAACUGAAAUGUUGUGAGUUGAUCUUUCAGAACUGGAUAGUUUUGUUUAGUGCUUUCUGGAUCCAUUUUAAAUGUUCAUUUAUUUGGUUGUUGUUGUUUGUAAACUUUCAGUUGACUAAUGUUUAUAUUCAUGCUCUUAUUUUGAAGUGGAUGAUGACAGCAGCUCUGUUUCCAUUCCAAAUUAAACAGCUUUAUUUGUUAAA